AUGGUGUUGGUAGUUGCUAUGGGUGUAAAUCUCCCCAUCCGUGUAAAACUAACUCUCAGUUUUCCUUUUACAUUUCUACUAUGUAAAGUGACUGUGCUGGCAUAUGCCGCGGUGGACUUUGACACAUAUAGUUACGGGAUGUACAAAUUGGAAGAUGAAAUGUAUGGUAUCAAAAAUAACCAACUGACAGGGAAGAUUCAAUACCGUAAUCCAACACACCAAAAAAUAGUUAACUAUACUAACUUACCUCCAAAUGAAGUUGAGACGCAGAUACUUAAGACAAUACGCAAAAGGUUGGCAACAGGCGUCCUGGUACUGACUGAGAUACUUACAAAUGUGGCUGAGAAGACAUUAUUCCGUGCGUAUAUAUUAAAGGAUACACAAUUAUUGGUAAUAUUAAUUCCGGGAAAUGAUAAGAUUUUACCAGGAAAAAACCUCAUUUGCAACGAAGCACCAACGCUAUUUGAAAGCUCCCUAAAACCAUGUCCCAAAUUCGACAUAUUAUCCCAGACAAUCCACGAAGAUACACUAAUCAAAUUUGAAGACUAUCUCUUCAACUUCAAACCUAAGUGUGCAAUCCAUUUUAUCGUAUUAUCUCCCGAGACAUAUUACAUAUAUACUGAAUCGCUUAAGACUGUAAAUUUGUUGCAGUCCAGGUUGAUUAUUGGAGCGAAGUCCAAAAUUAUAGAGCCGGAGGAGGUCAAUAAAUUCAAGGGGGCUAAUGUAUAUGGGUUUGUCGAAGGAGAUCCCGAAAUACCCGAUAGGGGUUUAAUUGCAUUUGUUACGCACUACGACACAUAUUCUUUGGUACAACGGUAUCCUAGCUCUUCCAAAACAACGAAUAGCGGCAUUAUAGCACUGUUAGAAUUGGCAAAAACGAUAUCUUUGAUGUACAAAGUUAAACCAGGGAAGUAUGACGCUCUGUUCCUGCUCACCGCAAACAGUAUUAAUGAUUUUUCUGGCGCUGACGCCUUUUUGAUCUCUCACGAAAGAACUAGCAAAAGAUUGAAUUUAGUCAUUUGCUUGGAUACAAUUAGCAGCGACGAUCUGUUCUUUCAUACAUCCAAAAUUCACAAGAGUCACGAGUUUUCACAGUUUAUACGAGGGUUGGAGAGAUAUUCAAAAAUGAUGAAUGCCAAAUUUAGGAUUGUGACGAGCAAGAUCAAGUUUUAUGAUAAUAACAACAAUUUCCAACACGAGGUAUUUUCCAGGAAAAAGAUUGUUUCAGGUACCGUGAGCAAUUUAGAAACCCCCGAACGCCUCUUAAAUCGCAGCAAAAUCUUUGACAUCAAGAUUGACAUAAAACAAUUGAAAUCAAACAUUGAUAUAAUCCUUAAAAGUUUCAUAGACAUAACAUAUCAAUUGGAACCUCUCAAUAAUCCCCAAAUUUCCGAUUACCAAACACAAGAAUCGGAUGUACAAAACCUAGACAUGACUGAGGCCAAUACAAUAGAUUUAGAAACAAUAAAACCUGAUACUGAUGAAAACACAUUUAAUGUGGAUGUUAUGGUCAGAAAAUACUGCGCAAAUACGUCUUAUUACUCUAUAUUGGCACUAAAUUCAUGGAUUUCCAAGACACCAAGAACUUUUGGCAAUAGGAAAUUAGUUAACAAGUAUUUCAUCCCCGAAGUAAUGGAUUACCUUUCUAAAUUCAUUGAUAGCCCUAAAAUCAACAACUUUAAAACAAGGGAGAGCAAUAUAACAGUAUAUCUUGAGAAUGACUACAAGGCCAUCUAUUACUUUGGGAAACACCUGCUGUUCGAUUUUGCAAUGUUGAUUUUCACGAUUAUCUAUUUAUUCAUAAUAACUGCUUUCACAAUAGGAUCGUUCUCUGAUACAAUUCAGCUUAUCACCAACUAUGUCUUGCAAUAUGGCAAGGGCGGAAGUAGAAAUAGCAAGAGGAAGGGAGUAAAAUCCAAGGGAUGA